AUGGAGGUGACCACCGUAUCCCCAUCUCCUGCCUCACCCACUGAAGGGGACGAUCUCUGUGAGAUAGAUGUCACCAACGUGGCCAUACACACUGUGACACUGCUCAUCUGCCUCUGUGGGCUGGCAGGGAAUGGGGCUGUCCUCUGCCUCCUCAGCCUGGAACGUCGUAACUCAGGCAUCUUUGACCUGGCUCUUGCUGACUUCCUCUUCCUUCUGUUCAUGGUUCCCUUGGCCCUCCUCUUCCCAGUGGAGGACAUGUUCUGCUCUCCGAUAGUGCCCUCGAUGUAUGUGAGCUUCCUUUUCCAGCUGUCAGUGGUCUCCUACUUCUGGACACUCUUUCGGCUGAUGCUCAGAAGCGAUGAGAGGGAUAUGUACAAGCUCUGCAAACUCUGCUGCCACACUCAAUUUCCUCUGCGCCUGUGGUUGGUGGUGUGGAGAGCUCAACUCUGGGUCUUCUUUGCUCUCCUCACGGUCAUUCCGGUGCUGACAUUUCUUUGCCCAUCCCACGAGCAGGAGCACUGCCGGGCAGCUCUCAUCUCCAUGUACGUCAUCACCCUGCUCCUCUUUGCUGCACCUGUGGUCAUUUACAGCACAACUGACAUCAGCAAAGCCAAGCAUGGCUUGCAGCAGCAGCCCAAGAGGCGACACACCGUUAUCUUCAUCAUUGUGCUCUUCACUCUCUUUCUCGGCCUCUGCAAUUUCCUGCAGCAGCUUGGCUACAUCCCUGUGUCCUCCCAGGUGGUUUUCCUGCUCAACUGCAUCUACAGCAGCAUCAAACCCUUCAUCUAUUUCCUGGCAGGGAGCUGCUGGAGUCCCUGCUCCAUGCAGUCCCUUCAGCUUUCCCUUCAGAGGGUUUUUGAGGAGAAGAAAGAAAGAACUGCCUACAGUGAUGAUGCCACCACAGACACCGUGCUCUAA